AUGCUACCUGAAUCACUUCCAAUUUUAAAAGAGCUUUCCCUUGAAAUGGACAUGCUUAACGGAUGGAUGCCCAACAUACAAUACCCUAUAAGACUGAAAUUUGAAAUGAAUGACGACGUGUUGUGGUCAGUGUAAAGAGAUUAGCUCGUGUAUGUGGGACCGAGAUACGUGGAUUCCAUGGAGAUGUGCUAGAAAUAUUUGACAAAUUACCAACCGACUAAGAAUUAAACAGACAUGAUGGAGGCAAUUCAAAAAAAAUAGCGCUAGCUAAGACUAUUUAUCAAUAGACCAUAAGCACAAAAACACUUUAUAUAGUUUGAUUCUGAUUUCGAGUCAGGGAACUUGGAUUUCGCAUUCUAAGUUCGUCCAAACGAGUAUAAUUGCUAUAUGAGAUGUGAUUCAAACUCGCGUAGCAGUCAUAGUUGGUAUCAUUUCAGCAUGGUUUCGGAGAGAACACAGACAAUAAAGAUAAAUAUUUGCAAUUUCAGCAAACAUCGCAGCCUUUAUUAAAGAGGCAUGAGACCUUAUAUAGGAAUCAAUGGGGUCUGGAAGUAAGGCGGUGAUAACAUAGUCUUUGAUCAGAAGAAUCAACGAUCGUCAAGACUGAGUUUUGAUUUGACUCUUGUGAAAGGGUAGAAAAUUUAUGUAGCAUAUGGAGUGCCCUAUACCUAUUCUUAGAUGAUGCAAUUUAUAUAGCCAUUGGGAUUUAGCAUUUUUACUAGAACACCUGCAGGAGUAGACAUUCCGAUGCUCCAGUUUGGUGAGGCGAAGAGAAGAACAAUAAUAGUAACUGCUCGUGUUCAUCCAGGAGAAUCAAAUAGUUCUCAUAUGAUGGAAGGUUUUUUGAAGUAUCUCAUCUCUCCAGAUGGUCAGUAACUCUUAUAGAAUUCAUAAGUUAUAGCAAUCCCAAUGCUCAAUCCUGAUGGAGUGAUUGCUGGCAAUUUUAGAACUUGUCUACAAGGAAUGGAUCUGAAUCGCCAGUUUUCCAACCCUGAUUAGAAUACUACUCCUUAGAUUUAUUAAAUCAAAAAGUUGAUAGAGACCAUGAAGAGUCCUCCAUUUGUGUAUAUGGACAUGCAUGGACAUUCCCUCAAAAAAAACCUAUUCAUUUAUGGACCAGAAUAUCCAAUUUUCAGUUUAAACUACCUAAAGUGUCGAGUGUUGGCUAAAUUGAUGUCUGAGGCAACAGAGGUCUUUAGGUAUUGGAGUGGUAUUUGGAGAGUGUAACCUAAUAAGAGAAAUACAGCGAGAGCCAUAUUGAAUUCAGAGUUUAAGAUAGUCAAUUGUUUUACAGUUGAAUGUUCAAAUGGAUUAUAUUACUUGGGAUCUCAAUAAAUAACUAAAGAGUUUGGCAUUCCUGAUUUUCAUCAACUGGGACAAGAAUUGGGAAAGUAAGUUCAGAUUUUACUUGAAAAAGAAAUCAAAUAUAUAGAAUAUUAGAAGGAUAGAAUAAAGAACCGUAAGAAGAAGAGAAUAAAUCCAUAUACUAGUUUGCUAUAACAAAUACAAAAGGAUGAAGAAGAACAUCAAGUGUAGGAUGAGGAUGAGUUGUUAGAAAGUGAGAGUAGUGAAGAAGAAGUAAAAAAGAGAAAAACCUUUAUUCGAAAAUUUCAAUAGCCUAGAUAGUCUUAAUUAAGACAGGAGAUUGAAUGUAGAAAAUCAUUCGUAUCUGAUCGAAAACCACGAAGUUAAGAUAAAUCCUUAGACAAAUCUUAGAUUUCACAAAGGCCUUUUUCACCUUACACUCCUUUUAAGAGAUCUGUGUCGUCAUCCAGAUAUGUAAAUUGUCCCACAAAACAAUAGUAAUUGAAAUAGAGAUUGAGUAAUUAUGGAUUUAAUUGA